AUGGGGAGAACUGUGGUGCAGCUCACCCUCAUUGGACUGCAGCUGGCUUUGGCUUCCACACUGCCAAACAAGGAUGACUGGGACGUCUACAGCUUUCACAUCAACUCCACAGUGACCAGUCGUUAUGCCACCACUGUCAUCACAAGCCGUGUGGUCAAUCGUAUGGACGAGUCAAAGGAAAUUGAAUUCCAUGUUCGGAUUCCCAAGAAUGCCUUCAUCAGUAAAUUCCGAAUGUUUAUCGAUGGCCAAGUUUAUGAUGGUGUUGUGAAAGCUAAGGAGCAAGCUCAGCAGCAGUACACUGAAGCUGUGUCCCGUGGUGAAAGUGCUGGGCUUGUCAGUUCUGUAGGGAGGACUCUGGAGGAAUUUAAGACCUCUGUAACUGUGGCUGCUCACAAAAAGGUCACUUUUGAACUCACAUAUGAGGAACUGAUGAAACGCACACAUGGCAAGUACGAGCUGCAAAUUCAUGCUCGACCCAUGCAGCCUGUCAGAGACUUCAAGGUGGAUGUGUACAUUCACGAGGAAGCCGGCAUCAAUUUCAUCGAUGUGAAAGGAGGCCUGAGCACCAAAGCCCUCGCUAAUGCCAUCACCAAAACACAUGUUAAUAAACAGGCAUGGGUGUAUUUCUAUCCAACAGUGGAUCAACAGACAAUGUGUGACAACUGUGGAGAGCAGGGUAUGAAUGGAGAUCUGGUUAUUGUUUAUGAUGUCAACAGGAACAAUGGAUUGGGAGACAUCAAGAAAUCUACUGGGUACUUUGUUCAUCACUUUGCUCCAUCCAAUCUUCCCCGAAUUUCCAAAAAUGUCAUCUUUGCUAUUGACAAAAGUGGCUCAAUGUCAGGCAGAAAAAUGGAGCAGACUAGGAUCGCGUUAAUCCAUAUUUUGAAUGACCUGGCAGAAGAUGACCAUUUUGGUUUGAUCACUUUUGAUGGCAACAUUUAUCCCUGGAAAUUGGAACUUGUUCAGGCCAACAGUAAAAACGUGGAAAGCGCCAAAACCUUUGCACGCAACAUUCAAGCUGGAGGAAGCACAGACAUCAAUGAAGCACUGCUGCAAGGAGCAAAUAUGCUGAACACGCAUAACAGAGAAGGUUCAGCAUCAAUCCUUAUACUCCUCACAGAUGGAGAGCCAACCGAAGGGGUGACAAAUCUGGAGAAAAUACAGUCAAAUGUAAGAGAGGCUGUUGCAGGCAAAUUCCCAGUUUACUGUCUGGGUUUUGGUUUUGAUGUUGAUUUUGAGUUCCUUGAGAAAAUGUCGCUGCAAAAUAACGGUGUGGCACGACGGAUUUAUGUAGACUCUGAUGCUGAUUUACAGCUGAAGGGUUUCUAUGAAGAGGUGGCAACUCCUCUGCUGACAGAUGUGACAAUGAUCUAUGUGGGUGGGACCAAUCUAACCCAGACUAACUUCAGUCAGUAUUAUAAUGGUUCUGAGAUUGUGGUGGCUGGACAGAUCACAGACAAUGACAUUGAAACCUUCACACCUCAAGUUGUGGCCAUUUCGAGUAAUAGAAGGUUAGUAUUUUCUGACCCAAAUGGCAUUGUGGAAUCUGGUGCAAGUGUGUCUGAUCACCUUAUCCAGAGAGUUUGGGCCUACCUCACAGUUAAACAGCUUCUGGACAAAGAGCUCCAGUUAUCUGGACCUGAGAAAGAGCAAGUGAAGAAGGAGGCUUUGAGUCUCUCACUGAAGUACAGCUUUGUGACGCCACUCACAUCUAUGGUUGUCACAAAGCCUCUGGGAGAAACCAUACAUGUGCUUCAUAAACCCAAGGAAAGUGAAGCACCACAGACAACAACUGCUGUUGAGAGAAAAUUUGAGCGCUGGUUCUCCUCACUUCGUGGAGGAGAAAUGAGAGAUAUUUUCGAAUAUGUUGCUGGAGUAUCUCUAGCUCCUCUUCUCCACAGGUUUUUGUUAAAAGCUGAGAAUCAGACUGUUCCGCUGUGCUUUGAUGUCAGUGGUGCUCUCAACCUUAAACUUCUUCAUCAUCCCAGCAGCGAGCUGUUUGUGAAUGGUAAGCUUAAUUCAGUUGCAAACAGAGGUUUCAAGAGAAUUUUCAUACACUUCAAAACUAAUCAGCAUUUCGAGAUUGACACCAAAGGGGUCACUGUACGAGAUGGACAGACAGAAACACAUCACACUGGACAGGAUCUGGUCACUGCUGGAAG